CUUCAGUGAAAGGAAACCAAAAUGCUGCAUAUUUAGCAUGGCGGUUGAUUGUUAUUUGUUUUGUAUCUGCUAAUUCACCUAAACGUUUUUGCCAUUGUAUUCUUAAUUCAUUUACAUCAUGGAAUCUCAACUGACAAUAACUAUAGAAGCAAUGGAAAUUUUGGUUUCUCCUGGCAAAUGGGAGAUCUUGAAUAAAGAGUCAUCAAAUUUUGAUGAGCUGGAUUUCCUACUUCAAAAUAGUUUUGAAAAUUUUUGCGGCAAACUCUGUAAAGAUGCCAAAUUCCAAAGUUUGAAUUCAUUCUAUACCAGAAGGCAAGCGCAUUAUUUCUCAUCUGAAUCUAGUCUUAAAUGGAAAUUUGCAUCUACCUGCCUUAUUCUCAACGAAGCUUUAUUAAUAAUUCUUCAGGAUCUCACUCGGAAUGAUAAAGUAGAAAAGUUAAAUAGUAAAGAUACUGCUCCUUCUGAUAUACUGAGCAUCAUGCAACAGAAAGUGUUCAGUAGAACUAUCCAGUUUAUCAUUUAUCUCGGAGUUUAUCCUUAUUUUGCUAAAGGUGUUGGCAUUCCGCUACAGCAAAGAUCCGAUUAUGGUUCGUUGUUGUUAUCUUGUAAACCGGAGGCUAAAUCAAUACUAGAAAGACAGUUUAGAUUAUUACAGGUUGCUCGCCUGUUUUCAGUUUGUCUCAACCGAACGUCGCUGGGUAGUCUACUCUUGUCACGUCAUUUAGGAGAUUGUCUUGCUGUGAUAUUCCAGUUGUGCUAUGGAGUUAAAAAAUAUCCUCCACAAAAGCCCUCUCCGACUGAAACGGAAAACAAUAUCGAUUUGAGAAAAUUAUCUUCUAACUAUUUAAUUGAAAGUUUGAUGUCUGGAAAUAUAAAUUAUUGUGAUGUUUUCCCUUCGAAAACGACAGCCGAAAUUACAAACAACCCAAGUUCUUCUAGAUCGUGUAAUCCAAUGGAGACAAGUCGGGAAAAUGUCACAAGCCAUGCUCUUGUUACUGUCGAAGACAUCACAUUUUGUCAAAAGUUUCUUGAAAAACUGAUCAAUGGGUCUUAUCAACCAUCUUUGGUUAGGGAACUUGUAUUUUUGCAAGGUGUCCCAGCACCAAAACUUCUUAAAAAACUGAAUGAGAGAAAUUCUGAUAUAAAAUUUUCCCCUUCUAAUUUUUCACCAGCUCCUCAGUGGCUAAAAAAUGCUUGCAGUUUGAAUUUAACAAAAAUUCUUCUUAAACCUAAUGGAGUGCUGUAUAUUGUUCAAGGUAUGCUUGAUGCAUCACUCUCAGAUUCCAAAAACCCAAUUGAUGAAGAUAAAAUAUGUGAUGGUAUUUCAAAAGUGAUUGCUAACAUUCCUUUGAAUGAAGAAGUUGAUAAUUAUUAUAAUUUAAUACUGCCUCAAGUAAAUGCAUUACUUAAAUGCAAUGAUAUGGAGAUGUCACAACAAUACUUGCGUGUUGCCUGUUGUACAAUGAAUAUUGUUUGUAAGCAACAGCCAGAUAUCUUUGAAGAAUACUGUUUACGGUAUAUUUUUGGUCCUUUUUAUACUUGCACUGGGUAUUUACAUAAAGAUACAACUUUGCAAGGUGCAUCUGUAAUUAAUGAAAGUGAAUUUAGCAAAUGUCUGCAAAAUUGCCACAAAAUCUUUGUUCUUGGUUGUGAACCACACUCUUAUUUGUUAACCAAUUUGAAACAAUUUAUCCAUGUUAUUUUUUGUUUAUUUUGUUGGAAUGAUGCACCUAUCAAUGUUAAAAAAUUGUCAGAAGAACUUUUAUUGACUUAUUUAAAAUUUCUUGAUGAGAAAAAUGCAGUUAUGUGUUUGAAAUCUUUUAUUUUCAGCACCACAAACAAAGUCUCUCAAUUCAAAAUUCCUUUAAUGCAUGCUUGUUUAGAUUUUAUAGUAGAGAGUAAUGGUGCUGUUAGUGUUGUUUUUGAUGAUAAGAAAAAGAGACAGUAUGAUUUCUUUUCAGAAGAUUCAGAUAUGAUUGAUAACCUAAUGGAUUUGCUUGAUAAAAUAAAACCCAAUAAAUUAUCAGAAAACUUAUUUAUAGACAUGCUUCAGAGCCUUACUCAAGCAUUAACUUCAAAAGUGAGUUCAUGUAGCAAAUUUCCAGAGAAUUUAGAUAAAAAUAGUUUAGAUAUAAAUCCUCAGAGCUUUUCAUGCAAUUCUGAUGAAAUAUUUUAUCAAUUGAAAAUUCUCACUUUCAUAGCAGCAAUUUAUGAGAAGCAGAACUUUAGUAGUAAGAGUAAUACUAAAUAUAUACUAGAAUUCAUCAAAGCUGCUCUAGCUAAAUGCUGCUGUAAAGCUAAUGAAAAUGAGUUUGACUUUGAAAGCAUUUUCACAAAUGAAAUUUUAACUAUGUCCCUAGGCCUUCUGACAGCUGUUGUGGCAAGUGCCAUGGAAAUGUCUAAUGAAGAACAAAAUAGUAUGAGAACAUUUAUUCCCCUUCUUCAGAAUGUGAUUACGAGUACAGAUGACCAUAGUAUUAAAUCAAUGGCAUCUAGCUUGCGUAUUGCUGUUGCCACAUACGGAGCAGUUUGGCCUGAUAUGGACUCAGCUGUUAUGUUAGAUAAUGAACAAUCUACAAAAACUACAGAUUCUAAAAAAGAUCAAAAACUUAUAGAGAUUAUUGAAAAUUCUUCACAGGAACCAUGUGAGAACAAAACUGUUUUGGGGAACAAAGCUGCUUUGUUCUCCACUGACAAGUCAGUAGAUCAGAGUCUUGAGAGAGAAAAUAAAGAGAAACAUUUGUGUCAGCCAGAUUCCAAUACCAUAGUAUCCAACAUUGAUGAAAUAUCUACCAAAGAUAGUAACAGAUCAAACCUGAAAAAUAGUCUACCUGAAAACAAUACAUUACAACCAAAAUUUGCAACAGCUAACACUUUCAAGAUGAGCUACAAUUUCCCCAAGGAGAAGGAUUCUCAUUUGUCUGAGUUACAGUCAGCAUUAAAAGAUACGUAUGAUUCAUUAGUGCCUGUUCAGGGUCAUGGACUAAUUGUAUUGACACAACUAAUUCAAAACAAAGAUGAAGAGACUCUCAAAAAGCAAGAUCUUAUUUUACAUAUCUUUGAAGAAAAAUUGACCCACCCAGAUUCCUACAUCUAUCUUUCUGCUGUGAAAGGCCUAUCUGUUAUGGCUGAUCAUUUUCCUAAUAAAGUGGUACCGAGGAUAAUUAAAUUAUUCCAAGAUCCUGAAUCAGAAAUCCACAAUGGUGAAGCUGUUUCAUCUGAGUUGAAAAUCAAACUCGGAGAAUGUCUUGUAAAGGUGACGCAAGGACUUGGUGAAACUGUGGUGAAAUUUAAAAACAUUUUACUCAAUGCAUUUUUACAAGGUACAAAAGACAAUGAUUUCUUGGUGCGUGCUAGCUGCCUAUCUAAUCUUGGUGAGGUUUGUAAACUUCUCCGCUUCUCAUUAGGCAAUGUUAUUUAUGAGAUAUUCUCUUGCUGUAGCAGCUUGGCAAAACAUGAUAGCAGUGCUGAGGUGCGAGCUGCUGCAGUUCUUUUGAUUACACAGUUGUUACAAGGACUUGGAAAAGAUACUUUUGUUCUUCUAGAAGACAUUUUAAAGGAUUUAUAUAAAUUAUUGAAAUCUAUUAAAUCUGAAGAACACAAUGAAGCUGUUAAAUUACAAACAAAUUUGGCAUUGAAUGAACUCCAUGAUCUCGUAAAAGAUGCCCUUUUUCCAAAACAAGUUCUCACCAAAAGAAUUCGUGUAUUAGACUACACUCACGGAGUGGAUAUUCCCAUUCCACCUAAGAAUGCUUUCCUUAAACAACUUGUCAAUAAGAUAAAUUCUAAGAAAUUUCUAAGAAAUUAA